CCAUUCCAGCUCAGAUGGCGUGCUUGAUUUCCUUUGACUCAUGCUUAUCGCCGAUGCCCGAUUCCCGAUGCCUUUGAUCUUUUGAGCUUUUCGUGCUGACGCUGAGGCCAUGCCUGUUACACGACUCUCUGCACUAUGGCCGCCCCCGACGAGACAACGCCGCUGGUGCAGCCGGCCUUGAGCCAUGCUGUCGUCGACGAAGAGAACGAUGUCGCACCGCUGAGUCCGUCUAAGCCGCCAGUCGAGGUAUCAACCAGCGUGGGCAGCAUCAUUGCCGUGCUCCUUCUAGGCGAGUUCAUUUCUAAUGCCGACUCGACGCUCAUCAUGACCGCGACGGCGCGCAUCUCGUCCGAGUUCAAUCGUCUACAGGGCGCCGCAUGGCUGUCUACGGGGUACACGCUCGGAGUGUGUGUUGCGCAGCCGAUGUAUGGUAAAUUGAGUGACGUCUAUGGCCGAAAACCGCUUCUUCUCUGGUCGUACUUCUUCCUUGCCCUGGGCUGUGUUGUUUGUGGACUCGCACCAGAUAUGUGGAUUGUCAUCGUGGGACGUGCUAUCAGUGGCAUUGGCGGUGCUGGAGUGAUGACCAUGAGUUCCAUCAUCAUCACCGACAUCGUGUCUAAACGAGAAGUCGCAAAAUGGCGGUCCUUUGUGAAUGUGUCCAUGACCCUCGGCCGCAGCAUUGGAGGCCCCGUUGGCGGAGUCCUGACAGACACCAUUGGGUGGCGAUGGGCGUUUCUCUUGCAAGCCCCGUUGCUCGGGUUUGCUGCCGUUCUUGUUGUCAUUCAGCUCAAGCUCGCUCGGCCUGCUUCCAGUGCACCCUCCGAUGCAUCCAGAAUUAGCCGCAUCGACUUCCGGGGUGCGUUCCUGCUGGCCACGAGCAUUGCUGCCAUCAUCCUCCUUCUCGACCAGGGUGGGAAGUCAUUCGCCUGGGCAUCGCUGCCCACAGCAGUCCUCUCCCUCUGCGGGGCGUUGGCGCUUGCACUGUUCAUCUACACUGAGCUCCAUGUAGCCGUCGAGCCGAUAUUCAACAUCCACAUCCUCCGACGGCCAAAUGUCGUGGCCAGCUACCUGGUCAGUUCGCUGCAGGUUGCCGCGCAGGUGGGCAUGAUGUUUACUGUGCCGCUCUACUUCCAAGUGACCGCGAGAGCAUCCAGCACUGUUGCCGGAGCACAUCUGAUUCCUGCUGUGGCCGGUAAUACCAUAGGUGGCCUGGCGUCUGGAAUGUUUAUUCGAAGUACCGGCAACUAUAAACCGGUGCUGGUUGCUGCAGGGCUCAUCGCGUGUAUUUCGUAUGUACUGCAGCUUACUCGAUGGAACGGACAUACCGGACCCUGGGAGUCUCUGUAUAUAGUCUUUGGGGGGGUGGGCAGUGGGUCUGCAUCGUCUGCCGCAUUCGUGAGCAUGACAGCUUUCCUGGAGCCGGAGGAGAUUGCAAUGGCCACUGGAGGGUUUCUCCUGCUGAUCAGCUUUUCGAUGACGGCGGGGAUCACGUCUAACUAUACGCUGCUGGGAACCGUGUUCAAGAGACAACUACAGAGCCAGCUGCAUGGGCCAGGUGCACACAAGAUUAUUCGCCGCGCGCUGUCGAGUAUUGACUACAUUGCGGGCCUGACAGGAAGUCUGCGCGAGAUCGUUGUUGGCAGUUAUGUUGCCGGUCUGAAGCAUGCCUACGUUUUCUCGUUUGUAUGCUCUCUGCUGGCGUCGGUGACUGCCCUGGCUGCACGGAACCACCGGCUGUAGCACUCGAAUCAUGAGUAGAUCUGUCGUGCUUGUAGUAGAUGUUGUUAUAUAUCUUGAGACGGUAACUCGCAGCUUCAGCCAAACUGCACAAUUCGCAGGAUA